GUCUACUAUAUUGUACCUACUCAACCACAUAGAUCUUAAUAAUGGACUCUAGCGCGCUCUACAUCGCUCUCUUCAUUCGCGAUGAUCCACCGAAGCCUAACGACUACCACUGGGCCCUCUACCAUCAUCGCUCCGACAGCGGCACCAAAUACCACAUCCGCAAUGAAGGCAACGGCUGGAUGGCCGCCCACGGCCCUGAAUCGGGCAUCGGCAUCCUCAAAUCCUUCUGCCUCGUUGGGCUGUUUCAAAUCGCCAAAAUAUCCUCCACUAUGUCAGCACAGGAGACCUUAGACCGCGUGUUCCGAAGCCACGAUGAAAAGCUGAACGGCGAUGGGGUGUUUACUUGUCGGACUUGGGUACUUCGCGUGUUGAGAGAUUUACAAGAAAAAUUAGGAGUACUAAAUGGAAUCGAAUUGGGAUUGUUAGAGAAAGAAGCAAUGGAAUGGGGGAACCAGUACAGAUUCGAGGCAAGUCGGAAUGUGCAGCCCAGACCUGUGGGCGAGAGUGUGUACCUGGCGCGAGACUAGCCGGAUCCGAGGAGGGGAGGGGAUAAGCCCUCCGCCCGCUUGAUUGCAUGGCUUCACCGCUCCUCUGUAUAUAGCCGGCAUAAUCAGACCACUUCUUUCUCCGCCCCG